AGUGUGAUAGAGAAAUGGCCCUCUUCCUCUUCAUUUUCUAUAUUUUUUCAAGCUUGCCUUGUGACAAUGGGGAACUACAACUUCAAAAAGAUGAGGACUGUCCAAGUGGAAUUUACUGCAAAAGAAGAGAACAGAAUGUGACAAUUUGUCCAGCAGGCUUUUUCUGCCCUGAAGGAAGCAUCACACCAGUUCCGUGUCCCCCAGGAACUUUUCGUUCAGAAGGAGCAGCAUUGAUAUCACACAGCUGCUUGACAUGCCCAGUGGAUUUCUUUAAUCCCAUGCCUGGCCAAAAAGCAUGUCUUCCAUGUGGCUCAGAGGCAGUGCAGCCUGCAGAAGGGCAAGAGACAUGCAUCUGUCUUGGGAAAGGUCAGGUGUUUCAGCCCCGUGACGCUCGCUGCACAUGCCCUCCAGGUUAUUGGACAUCCUUAGGUGAUGGAAGACACUGUGUUAGACAAGCAUAUGAUAUUUGUCGAGAUUCAGCCUCCCGAAAUCAGGAAGGACAGUGUUUAACCAAGAAAGAAUGGGUUCAUUAUUGCUCGGAGAAGGUUUGUACUGUCCCCAGAGAUUAUCAAGGCUAUGACAAGGGUCUUGGCCUCUGCAUUUGUCAAACUGACAGUCUGGAAAGUGUGUGUAAUUCUCAGUGUAAAAGACAACAAAGAGAUACUCUGCAGGUCACUUGUGCAGAGAAAAAUGCUCAGCUUUUUAUCACUUACAGAAAUGGGAACAAGGUAAAAGCUGCGGUUAUUUUCACAAUCUACCUAUUUUUGCUAGGCUUUCUAGACUUUUAGUAGUCUUAACCAAAGAACACCCUCAUCCCUUUUUUCUUAGGAAAUUAUAGAAAGCAACAAACAAAACACCCAGGCACUAUUGUAUUAUAUGCAUAGUGUAUUUUUG